CUAGCUCUUUCAGCUAACUAGCUAGCCGCUGCGACGCCGCUCGCCUGCUGCCUUCCGCCGCUUCCCAUCGGGACAUCCGACCCUCCAGGCCGGUUACACUCUGGUUCCUAACGGUGGUCACUCGACGUCGGUAGUUUAUCAUGAUAGAAGUUGACCGAACUGAUUGAUUUUCUAACCGAUUUGGCGGGACUGGAUCCGGUUAACAACACGACGAGCUAACGGCUAACAGAGCGGCUAGCGCGGGAGCUAAAAGAGCUAACAGAGAGCUAACAGGCUAACAGCUAACAGAGGCUAACAGGCUAACAGGGCUAGCUCGGCUGCUCGGCGUCAUGGAGGACAAAUCGUUCACUAAAGAGUUGGACCAGUGGAUUGAACAGCUCAAUGAGUGCAAGCAGCUCUCGGAGAACCAGGUCCGGACCCUCUGCGAGAAGGCCAAGGAGAUUCUGACCAAGGAGUCCAACGUUCAGGAGGUGCGAUGCCCGGUGACGGUGUGCGGCGACGUCCACGGUCAGUUCCACGACCUGAUGGAGUUGUUUAAGAUCGGAGGCAAGUCUCCCGACACCAACUACCUGUUCAUGGGGGACUACGUCGACAGAGGCUACUACUCUGUGGAGACGGUCACGCUGCUCGUCACGCUAAAGGUUCGUUUCCAGGAGCGAAUCACCAUCCUGCGAGGGAACCACGAGUCGCGGCAGAUCACACAGGUCUACGGCUUCUACGACGAGUGCCUGAGGAAGUACGGCAACGCCAACGUCUGGAAGUACUUCACAGACCUGUUCGACUACCUGCCUCUCACCGCGCUGGUGGACGGACAGAUCUUCUGUCUCCACGGAGGUUUGUCUCCCUCCAUAGACACUCUGGAUCACAUACGAGCUCUGGACCGCCUGCAGGAAGUCCCACAUGAGGGCCCGAUGUGUGACCUGCUGUGGUCGGACCCCGAUGAUCGUGGUGGAUGGGGCAUCUCUCCCCGAGGUGCUGGUUACACCUUCGGACAGGACAUCUCUGAAACCUUCAACCACGCCAACGGCCUCACUCUGGUGUCCCGCGCCCAUCAGCUGGUCAUGGAGGGCUACAACUGGGGCCAUGACAAGAAUGUGGUGACCAUCUUUAGUGCUCCAAACUACUGCUACCGCUGUGGAAACCAGGCAGCCAUCAUGGAACUGGACGACACUCUGAAAUACUCUUUCCUUCAGUUUGACCCCGCCCCCCGCCGCGGCGAGCCCCAUGUGACCAGACGCACUCCUGACUACUUCCUGUGAAUGUCCAAAGCCAUCCCUGUCAAUCAUCCACGAAGCUCUUUCCCCCCCUUCUACCCCUCCACCACCUCCACCCCUCUCUCAUUUUGGAUGGAAGGAAGAUAUUAAUAAUAAUAAUAAUGAUGAUACUGUACCAGGGAGAAUAGAAACAAACGAUUGGCUGAUGAACCAAGAUUUUAACAAAAAGAGAGAAACGUAAAGAGCGGCCCCCUCUACAGUCUUGUUUUCAAUAUGCUGUCAUUAAUGCUGUGCUUCUGGGGAGAAUCAACACCUACAACUAUGAUCUGUUUUCCUUUUUCUUUUUGUUUAUUACAUGUUUGAAAACGAGAUAAUAAAACUACCAACGUGGACCAAAUGUGCCAUAUUCUGAUCCUUUUACAACAUGUACAACGCGCGCGAUGUUUCUUUCUUUUGUUUUUGUUUUGUUUUUGUUUUUUAGACCAGCACUAUAACCCUACCUACCUGACGACGUCACCACCACACCACACUUCUUCUUCUUCUUCAUGGCAUAUGUGCUUUUUUUCUGUUGCAACAAUAAUUUUAAAAAAGGAGGAAAAAAAAAACAGAAAAAAAAAAAGUUUGCUUCAAGUAGAACAGCUGUGAGUUUUAGCUGUCCAGGCUGCAGCCGGUGGUCAUCUCAGCAAGUAUAUUACUGUAAUUUGAAUAAAGACAACAGACGUAUGAAAUAAAAAUGUCCUAUUGACAAAC